GCAUCAGACUUAAAGGUUGAUGCAAGAUAGGAAGUGGUUUCUUCGCUUUAUGUGUUGAAAACUGGUGUUUCCAUUCCUAUGCAACGAUGCUUCCCAAUUUAAGAAACUGGAAAAAGCCUGUUCAAGAAAGGUGCUGUUCAAGCCUCCCUAAAUUGUGUGAUAAAAUCUUUAAGAUAUCUUUCUUCUGAAACCGUAUGUGAUAAAAUCUUUAUGACUCUCCAAUAUUUCCGUUGCCCUAUCUUCAUUUCCGCCCUUCACUCUCUGUUUUUACCUCCAAUUAUUAUCUGCUUCAUGAAUUUGUUCGACACAAGUCUCAGAUUGGAGUUUCUAUUAUACUCUUAAAAAACCCUCUCAAUCCAUCCCCAAAAUGGAGCCAGAUUUCUUCAAAAAUCUACCACCAGAAAUCAUCACCGAGAUCUUCUUAAGGCUACCUGUUGUAAGCAUUCCAAUAUGCAAAUGCGUUUGCAAGCGAUGGCUCCAUCUGCUGGAGCCUGAUGAUUUUAUCGAGUCUCAUUUUGCCAGAUCCGCUCCCGCCCUAGUUGUUUUGGGGGAUUCAGGUGGGUUGAAAGUUUUGGAAUUGGAAGGCGAGCUCGAUCUCCAUCUCGAUCCACUCACCCACUAUGAUUUCCCUUACCACCCAAGAAAAAUAAUAAAUUGUGUUAAUGGUUUUCUUAUUCUAAGAAAGUGUGGUUUUGGUGUUCUAAUGGAGAGUGUUGAUUGGCUUUGUGUAUGUAAUCCGAUCACUCGUGAAGUUAUUAAGCUGGAUCUUCCUCCUUUAAUGGAUUCACAGUAUCCAUCUUUAGAAGAAGUAUCUGCUUUUGGAUUUGGGGCAAGCAAAAUCACUGGCAGAUACAAGGCGGUCUGUUUUAAAUGCAAUGACUAUGAUGAUAAAUUUGAUUGUCAUGUAUACACUCUUGGAACAGGAUCUUGGCGACUCCUUGAAGGUAUUAAUCCGUAUGUGUACCAGUAUGAUAAAGGUGCAUUUGUUAAUGGAAAUCUCCAUUGGACAGCAUCCAUUGGAAGAGAAGCGUCAUGGAUUUCUUGCUUUGAUCUUGAAACAGAAUGUUUUAGCCUCUUUAAAGCUCCUCCUUAUCAUGCUCAAGGAUUGCCCUUCUUAAGAGGAAUGCGCAUUUCUGCUAUGAGCGGUUGCCUAUGGUUUUGCAAGGUAGCAUCCGAAUAUGAAAAUAAUGGUGGGCGAUGCGAGCUUACUAUAUGGAUUAUGAAGGAAUAUGGAGUGGACGAAUCUUGGAGCAUGGAAUAUGUGAUCCCUCUUGAUGAUGACAUGAGUUUUGUUGAUCCCAUCGAAGUUUGCGAAAAUGGCGACCUAUUGAUGUUAGUGACGGUAUACUUUUCCGAGCGCCUUUUCUACUACUCUUCCAAGAAUAAAACUAUACAAAUGAUUGAUUUGUUUGGUGCUGACCGUGUCAACUGUGAGCUUUUCACUCCCACUCUUGUUUCGCUCAAAACCUUAGGUUUAGGUGUGGAGAAUGUAAUCUCAUUCUAAUUGUUUGCAUUUUCAUAAUGCUACCAUCAACUCAAUGUAUGUUUGAAGAUUGAGUUAGUAAUGAAGCAUAUCAUUUAGAUCAAGGAAACUAUCUUAUAUAUAUUAUGGUUCCUUUUGGUA